AAUGAAAAGAAAACUUAGUUUUUGCCCAUUUUGUUUAUGCAACUCUAGAGUUUGAUAUGUCGUUUUUGCUACUCUUAACUUUUAACAAUGCAUCACAAAUAUCAUUCCGUGGCAAAAACAAUAAUUUUUUAUUCACUUUUGUCAUUUUUAGCUUUUGACAAUGUAUCACAAUUACCACUCUGCCACUGUGGAAUCCUAGAAUAACAUAAGCAAAGUGGUAAAAAACUGGAGGGGCAAAAACAAAGUUUCCCUAAAAUAAACUGUAAAGACAAACUCUAUUGAAAAGAAGGAAUAUAAAAUGCAAACAGACGGGUGUCACAGUUUCGGAAUACACUCGAUUCAGGCGUUUCGACGCUGCUAGAUUGCCCAUGCGCUGUACCUCCCGUUACAGUUUUAAUAUCUCGGCACCGAAUGGAGGGCUCACAUGUGCAUCUCCCCGUACCGCACGCGGCAGCUCGCUGGCGCCGCCUCGUCGAGCUUGCGACACCUGCCCCUUCUACGUGUUGCAUUCUUUACACCACCUCAUGAGUCAUGACACACUUCACGAAGCUCUCGCUUACAUACAGCAGCCGUCGCACGAGCCUCCGCCAGAGACAGAACCACCCACGCAGAAGACGGAUUCACGCAACACACCACACGCACGCACGUACGCCGGUGACAAGCGGAAGGAGGACGCCGGCAUGGCGAAGAGCGGCACGGAGGAGUGGCGUCGCAACGCCGACACGCACAAGAUGAGCCCGGAGGAGGUCCGGGCCGCGGGGGUGGAGGCGUCCAUGCGCCCGCCGGGCCGUGGCGGCGGCGCCGGGGAGGUCCUGCACCAGCGAGGCGGCCGCCUGCCGUACGGGCCCGGGACGAUGGCGCUGAUGGGGUUCGGCAUCGUCGGCGCCAUCGGCUACCUGGUGCUGUACCAGAAGGCGAGGCCCGGCACGCCGGCCACGGAGGUCGCCAAGGUGGCCGUCGGACACGGCGACCCUGCCGUCGGCCGCGAGGUCCAGAAGCGCCAAGACGAAGCGCAGCCGCCGCCACCGCCACGCGAAGGGAAGUAGACUAGUUUAGUAGCAGAAGAGCUGGAGGAUUUGCGGCGUUUGUGCUUCGAGUUACUUCUGACUCGAUUUUAUCUGCUAGCCGCGCUUCUCAGCUUGGGUACCUUUUGUCGUGGACCAUGCACGCGUGUGACUUUCUAUCAGAAAUGACACAGCAGAAAUAAAUAAUCGUAGAUGUAUUAGUUGCUUC